GCACCCCUGAGGAAUGGAGUCAGCAGGAGCAACAGCCACUCCCCUCCCAUCGAUGGAAGAGAGGGUUCUACAUCACACCAUGAUGCGAUGGAUCUGGGGAUGGAUUUGGGAGGGGCUUUGCCGAGGGAUACCGGAGGAGGAGGCUCCCUCUGCACCAACUGUGGUCGGAGAGGACACACGGCCGAUCGGUGCUGGGGGGGUCCGUCUGGGAGUCGAGAUGGCAGGCGAAACAUUUCUCGAUCACCCCAGGCCGGUGGUAGCUGGUCCCCUACAGGACGGUGAGGUGCUGGAGGUCCCUCCUCCCCCUCUGGACAUCGAGGGGUCCCCGGCGUAUACGAUACGGGCCAUUCUGGACUCGAGACGCCGGGUGAGGGGCCUGCAGUACCUCGUGGACUGGGAGGGGUACGGUUCGGAGGAAAGGUGCUGGGAACCCGCCAGGGACAUUUUGGAUCCGUCAAUAUUGAGGGAUUUCCAUCGCCUCCAUCCGGAUUGCCCUGCGCCUCGUCCUCCGGGUCGACCUCGAGGCCGGUGUCGGUGCGCUGCGGGAGCCGGGCGUCAAGGGGGGGUACUGUCACGACUCAGACCGAAGGACACUCCCCUUCCCGUUCGGGUGGCGCUCGGCGGUCGUCGUCGCCGGCCUACUAGCUGCCACUGAUUAUUUCCUCCCCUCCUUAUGUGUUUAUUGAGUGCACCUGUUUUGAGUUAGGUAGUUAGUAGUAAGGCUUUAUUAGUCAGCCGGCCCGCCUGGUUCCUUGUGCAGGAUUAAUUAUUGUGACCGUCUGUUUGGUGUACUUGUGGGCACGUCUAUAGGUUUUGUGUUUUCCCAUUUUGUGGGUUUUUUCCUGGACAGUUUAAGUCCCCCUGUUUGGGGCAUUUGUUUGUUCAUUACGCCCUGUGUUUUCG